UCUGGUAGCAUAUGUGCCUGCGCCAUUCCACAGUGUCAUUCUCGAACACGACACAAGUCGAUGCGAACCACUUGCGAUUGUUUUACUUGAAACCAUAAGCAGAGCAGCAGUUGGUCGAUUUCCUUCGUUUUUGUUGUCGCUAUAUCUUGGAAAAAUAAAAGAAUGAACGACUCGUCCGAGUGGAAAGUGGAAAGCAAGUCGUCCAAGCACGAGAUUUCGGAAAAACGACAGGUGUACUUGGAGUUUUCCGAAUUCAGUCCGGCGCAGAUUAAGGAAAUCGAAGAAAUAUUCAACAUGUACGACUCGAACAAAGACGGAUAUAUGUGCAAAAACGAAUUGAAACGAAUGAUGAUUGAACGUCGCGUUCCUUGGACGGAAAAUUCGAUAAAUCAUCUCAUCGACGACGUCGACAUCGAUCAAGACGGAAGGCUCACCUUCAGAGAGUUCCUGAUGACCAACCGCAAGACAUUGGAAUACUGCCAACGAUCGUUGGCCAAGCAAGAGAAAGUCGACUUCAACAAAGUAGGCAUCAAAGGCGUCAGGGACUUCUUCGAAGCAAAGGCCAAGUAUUUGAAAUAAUAACAAAAAAAGGCAGUAUCAAUCAAGUCACAGUUUUACACAGCUAAAACGCGUUGAAAUCGGUUUCAAACCCGUUUCUUGAUGAGUAUAAUUAUAGAACGCCAUUAAUUUUGUACAUAAUAUUUAUAUUACUUAAA